CGUGUCGGGAAUGUAUGGUCCCUCCCCACUCGUUAUUUUUAACCCCACAGGGCGGGUCAAUGGGCCGGCUGCCUCUCGGGAAUGAGCUUGACGCGCAGUCCCCCACUACCCUCCCUUUUAUUCCCCGAUUCCCCCCCUUUCCUGGUCCCCUCCAGGCAGGAUCAACCCCAAGUGGGACCCCGAUGCGUCCAUGGGACCGUAAAGUGACCACCGGCUGGGACGAGAGACUCCACCUGGACGCAUUUCCUCCAACAAACCACAACCAGGAACAGAAGCUACUUUUUCUUGUUUUUUUUCUUAACCUUUUGAACGAGAGGACCUGAGGACGUCUCGCCGUACCCCUGCUCCCCCCCACCCCCUUCCUAUCGUCCGCUAAAAACUCCACCAUGACGUCCACUACGGACUUUGACAAUGCGGAGAUCACGCAGCAGUACAGUCGCAUCAACACUCGCUUCGAUCUCCCCGACGAGGAGCUGGACAACGACAACAGCUCGGCCAGACUCUUUGAGCGCUCACGAAUCAAAGCUCUUGCAGACGAGCGCGAGGCGGUGCAGAAGAAGACGUUCACCAAGUGGGUCAACUCCAUCCUGUCGCGAGUCAACUUUCGCAUCUCCGACCUUUACUUGGACCUCCGUGAUGGACGCAUGCUCAUUAAACUUUUGGAGGUCUUGUCCGGAGAACGAUUGCCCAAGCCAACCAAGGGCAGGAUGCGCAUCCACUGUUUGGAGAAUGUGGACAAGGCGCUGCAGUUCCUCAAGGAGCAGCGCGUCCACUUGGAGAAUAUGGGCUCGCACGACAUCGUCGACGGUAACCACCGCCUCAUCCUCGGCCUCAUCUGGACCAUCAUCCUCCGCUUCCAGAUCCAAGACAUUAUUGUGGAGACGGGCCAGGCCGACCAGAAGGAGACGCGCUCGGCCAAGGACGCUCUUCUUCUGUGGUGCCAGAUGAAGACAGCAGGUUAUUCCAGUGUGAACAUCACAAACUUCACCACGAGUUGGAAAGACGGCAUGGCCUUCAACGCUCUCAUACACAAACAUCGACCAGAUCUGGUGGACUUCAACCAGCUGAAGAGGUCCAACCCCACGCACAACCUCCAAAGCGCUUUCAACGUGGCCGAGAAGCACCUGGGCGUCACCAAGCUCCUGGACCCGGAGGAUGUGUUCACCGAGAACCCGGACGAGAAGUCCAUCAUCACGUAUGUGGUGGCCUUCUACCACUACUUCUCCAAGAUGAAGCAGCUGGCCGUGGAGGGCAAGCGGGUGGGCAAAGUCCUGGACCAUGCCAUCGCCACCGAGAAGAUGGUGAACAAGUACGAGACCUUGGCGUCGGAGCUGCUGGCUUGGAUUGAGCAGACCAUCCUGGUGCUCAACAACCGCAAACUGGCCAACUCGCUGUCUGGCGUCCAGCAGCAGCUCCAGGCCUUCAACACCUACAGGACGGUGGAGAAGCCGCCCAAGUUCCAGGAGAAAGGCAAUCUGGAGGUGCUGCUCUUCACCAUCCAAAGCCGCAUGAGGGCCAACAACCAGAGGGUCUACACGCCCACAGAAGGAGCGCUGGUCGCCGACAUCAACAGGGCCUGGGAGCGACUGGAGCGCGCCGAGCAUGAGCGCGAGCGAGUCCUGAGGGACGAGCUGAUUCGCCAGGAGAAACUGGAGCAGAUGGCCAGACGAUUUGACCGCAAGGCAGCCAUGAGGGAGACGUGGCUUCUGGAGAACCAGCGAUUGGUCGCGCAGGACAACUUUGGCUACGACCUGCCGGCGGUGGAGGCGGCCAAGAAGAAGCACGACGCCAUCGAGACGGACAUCGCCGCCUACGAGGAGCGCGUCCAGGCCCUGGUGAACAUCUCCGGGGAGUUGGAGGCCGAACGCUACCACGACGCCAAGCGGGUGGAUGCCCGCAAGGACAACGUCCUGCGCCUGUGGGACUACCUGCAGGAGCUGCUCAAGGCCCGCAGGGGGCGACUGGACAAGAACCUGACGCUGCAGAAGAUCUUCCAGGAGAUGCUCUACAUCAUCAGUUGGAUGGAUGACAUGAAGGUCCGGCUGCUGUCUUCUGACAUUGGGAAACAUUUGUUGGAAGUGGAAGACUCGUUACAGAAACACGCUUUGCUCGAGAAAGACGUCGCCCUGCAAGCCGACCGAGUCCAGAACGCCAGCGCUGCCGCUCUCAAGUUCGCCAACGGAGAAAGCUACAAGCCAUGCGAUCCCCAGGUGAUCCGAGACCGGGUGGAGCAUUUGGAACUGUGCUACCAGGAACUGCUGGACCUGGCCGCCCAGCGCCGGGCCCAGCUGACGCAGUCACGUCGCUUCUGGAGCUUCAUGUGGGAAGCGGCGGAGCUGGAGAGCUGGAUCAAGGAGAAGGAGAAUCUCUUCUCCUCACUGGACUACGGCAAGGACCUGACCAGCGUGCUGGUUCUCCAGAGCAAGCACAGUGCCUUCGAGGACGAGCUGGAUGCUCGCCGAGCCAACCUGCACAAGCUUCUGACCGAAGGCGACGAGAUGAUCAAGGAGAACCACUUUGGUGCGCCGGUGAUCCGAGAGCGCACGGAUAGCGUGGAGGGGCAAUGGCGGCAGCUGGAGGAGCUGGCCGCCUUCCGUAAACAGAACCUGCAGGACACGCAGAGGUUCUUCCAGUUCCAAGGGGACGCCGACGAAUUGAUGGCCUGGCUGCUGGACGCCAAGCGGCAGAUGAGCAGCGACGACACCGGCCAUGACGAGUACACCACCCAGCGGCUCGUGCGGCGCCACGACGACCUGUGCAACGAGACCGCCAAGUCGGCCGUCACCGUGGACGCCCUGUCCAAGCAGGCCAACGGAUUACCCGAGGAGCUGCUGAACACACCCGACAUCCAGCGCCGCCUCAAAGACAUCAAGGACCUCUUCAUGGAGCUCAUGUCUCUUGCCGACGUCAGGCAGAAGAAGCUGGAUGACGCCAUGGCACUCUACACCAUCUUCAGCGAGACCGACGCCUGUGAGCUCUGGAUGGGCCAGAAGGAGACUUGGCUGGUGGAUUUGGGGGUGCCUGACAAGCUGGAAGACCUGGAAGUGGUCCAGAAUAGGUUGAGCAUUUUGGCUCAGGACAUGGCCAACGUUCAGUCGAGAGUGGAUGACGUCAACAAGGCGGUGAAACAGUUGGAGGACAGCAGACACCCUCGCAUAAAAGACGUCAAGGAAUGCCAGACCAGACUCAACAAAAGGUGGGACGCCUUCAAGGCUAUGGUGGAGGAUAAGAAGAGGAAGGUGGACUCCACGGUCAGCCUGAACAACUUCGGACUGGAGUGCGAUGAGACCGCAGCUUGGAUCCGAGACAAGACGCGUGUGAUCGAGUCCACACAGGACCUGGGCAACGACCUGGCCGCCAUCAUGACCAUCCAGAGGAAGCUGUACGGCAUGCAACGCGACCUGGCUGCCAUCGAAAACAAGCUCCAGCUCCUGGGGGCCGAGGCCAACCGGCUGGCGGCGGAGAAUCCGGAGAACGCGCCGGGCAUCUUGGCCCGCCGGGCCCAACUGGACCCAGCCUGGGACGAGCUCCAGAAGACCCUGAAGGACCUGGAGGAGUCGUUGGGCGAAGUCAGCAAGCUGCAGUCGUUCCUGCAGGACCUGGACGACUUCCAGUCGUGGCUCUUCAGGGCUCAGAAGGCCGUGGCCUCCGAGGAGAUGCCCGCCUCACUGCCUGAGGCCGAGGAGCAGCUGAGCCUCCACGACGCCGUGCGCGACGACAUUGACGGCCACAUGGAGGACAUCUGUGCCAUCCGGGAUACCGGCGCGCAAGUCACGCUCGGCCUGGAGGAUGACCCGCAGUAUCGGGAGCUGGUGCAGACGCUCGGCGGUCUAGACCGAGGCUGGUACGAGCUCCAGAAAAUGUGGGACCGACGCAAGAACUUUCUGGAUCAGUGCCUGGGCUUCCAGCAGUUCCUAAGGGAUAGCAAGGCGGUCGAGGCCAUCCUCAACAACCAGGAGUACACGUUGGCCCACGUGGACAAGCCCGACACUCUGGAAGGCGCCGAGCAAGCCCUGAAGAAACACGAGGACUUUUUGAGCACCAUGGAGGCCAACGAAGAAAAAAUUGAUGGCGCUCUCCAGGUGGGCCGACAUCUGGUGGACGGCGGCAACUUGUAUGCGGGGAAAGUGCAGGACAAAAUGGACUCCAUCAGUGACAGGCACAACAAAAAUCAAGAGAGAGCCCAGGAGGUGUCGGAGAAGCUGCGAGACAACCGUGACUUGCAGCACUUUUUGCAGAACACUCAGGAUCUGACCGUGUGGAUCAAUGAGAAGAUGCUGACCGCUCAGGACACGUCUUACGACGAGGCCCGCAACUUGCACAGCAAGUGGCUGAAGCACCAGGCCUUCAUGGCCGAGUUGGCCUCCAACAAGGACUGGUUGGACAAAGUGGAUCAGGAGGGUCAGGAGCUGAUGACUUCCAAGCCCGAGUUGGAGCCAGUGGUGCGGGACCGCCUGGCCGCCCUCCACCAGCUGUGGGAGAUGUUGGAGUCCACCACGCAGGAGAAAGCUCGGCUGCUGUUCGACGCCAACCGCUCGGAGCUGUUUGACCAGAGCCUGGCGGACAUCAGGAAGUGGCUGGGUGAGCUGCAGCAGCAGCUCCAAAGUGGGGCCAGCGAUGACAGCAGUGGGGGCCAAGAUGUCAAAGACCUGACCAACGCCAACAUCUUGCUCAAGAAACAUCAGGUGAUGGAGAACCAAGUGCGGGAUCGCGCCCGGGAGCUGGACGAGCUCCAAGAGGCGCUCAGAAAGCACGGCGGCGGUGGUGGUGGUGGAGGUGAUGAACAGGAGCAGCCCGGGCAACCUGAGCUGGAAGUGGAGCAGCAGAACCUGCAGGUUCAGUUCCAGCAGCUUAUCGCUCCCUUGGCCCAGCGCAGGGGCAAGCUGGAGGCAGCCAAGGCCGUGCAUCAGUUCUACAGAGACCUGGCGGACGAGCUGCUGUGGAUUGACGAGAGAAUGCCGCUGGCGCUGUCGGAAGAUCACGGCAACGACCUGCAAACGGUGCAGAUGCUGCUCAAGAGGAACCAGACCCUGCAGAAGGAAAUUGAGGGCCACCAGCCCCGCGUGGACGAGGUGCUGGAGCGAGGACGCGGGAUGGCGGCGGCAGGCGAGGACGGCGGCCCCGAAGUCGAGCGGCUGGCCGAACAACUUGCCCAGCUGGAGGAGGCUUGGCCGCAGCUGCGGGAGCAGAUGACGCGACGCAAGGACAGGUUGGACGCCUCGCAUGGAGCGCAGCAGUUCUACAACGACGCAGACGAGGCCCAAGCCUGGAUCGGCGAACAAGAGCUCUACAUGAUCGCCGAGGAAAAGCCAAAGGACGAGCAGAGCGCCAUGUUGAGUCUCAAGCGUCACAACAUCGUCAAGCAGGCCGUGGACGACUACGCCGACUCCAUCCGCGGUCUGUCCGAGCGAGCUCAGAACAUGUUGGCGGAGGACCAUCCCGACGGCGAGAAGAUCAUCCGACGUCAGGGCCAGGUGGACAAGCAGUAUGCCAGUCUGAGCGAGCUGGCUGAGGAGCGACGCAGGAAGCUGGAGCACACCUACCACCAUUUCCUGCUCAGCCGGGAGGUGGGCGACCUGGAGCAGUGGAUCUCCGAGCGCGACGUGGCCGCGUCCUCGCAGGAGAUGGGGCAGGACCUGGACCACGUCACGCUGUUGAGGGACAAGUUCCGUGAGUUUGCACGCGAGACGGGCGCGCAGGGUCAGGCGCGCGUGGACGCCGUCAACCGCACCAUCGACGAGCUGAUUGAAGCAGGCCACGGCGAGGCCAUCGCCAUGGCCGAGUGGAAGGAUACCAUCAACGAGAGCUGGGCCGACCUCCUGGAGCUCAUCGACACGCGCGCUCAGCUGCUCAGCGCCUCCUACGAGCUGCUCAAGUACUUUGUGGACGGCAAGGAGCUGGUGGUCCAGAUCGGCGACAAACAGAAAGAGCUACCCGAAGACGUGGGCGACGACUUCAGCAAAGCCGAGUCCUUCCACAGGAUGCACGCCGCCUUCGAACGUGACUUGACCUCCCUGGGGAAGCAGGUGGAGCAAGUGCAGGAGACGGCGGCGCAGCUGCGCGCUCAGUACGCGGGCGAGCGCGCCGACGCUAUCCAGGCGCAGGAACGUGAGGUUGUGGAGGCCUGGCGGGCUUUGCUGGACGCCUGCGACGGGCGCCGCAAGCAGCUGCUGGACACGGCCCACAAGUUCCGCUUCUACGCCAUGGUGCGUGACCUCACCGCCUGGAUGGAGAGCGUCAUCCAGCAGAUCGACACCCAGGAGAAGCCGCGGGACGUGUCAUCAGUGGAGUUUCUCCAGAAGUACCACCAGGGCAUCCGCUCUGAGAUCGAGGCGCGGGGGGCCAAGUUCACCGAAUGCAUGGAGCUAGGCACGGCCCUGCUGGCGCGCAAGCACAGAGACUCUGCCGAGAUUCAAGAGAAGAUGGCGCAGCUGGGGGACAAACGUCAGGAGAUGAUGUUCAAGUGGGACGACCGCUGGGACUGGCUCCGACUUUUGUUGGAGGUGUGCCAGUUCGCGCGCGACGCCUCGGUGGCUGAGGCCUGGCUGGUGGCUCAGGAGCCGUAUGUGAGCAGCAGGGACGUCGGCCAGUCGGUGGACGAGGUGGAGAAGCUGCUUAAGCGCCACGAAGCCUUUGAGAAGUCCACCGCCGCCUGGGAGGAACGCUUCUCGGCCCUGGAACGCCUCACCACCUUGGAGUUGUUGGAGCUGAGGAAGCAGCAGCAGGAGAUGGAGCAGUUCCUGCAAGAGCAGCAGCGCUACGAGCAAGAGAGCAGCACCCUUAAAAAUGUCAUACUGAGAGAAGACACAGGGUUUGCUGAGUCGUCACAACUCUUCACAGUGGAGGAAGAAACGUUGUCCGGCGUGGCUGAGCCCAGUUCGGGCUUCCCCGAAGGGACGACGCCCGCGGAAUCCCAAAUGAGGGAGAGCGGCUCUCUGGAGCUGGAGGCAUCCAUCUCGGCGGUGGGCGAGGAGACGGAGCGGGCGGCCACCUUGCCCGCCCAGACGGUGCUGCUGAAGGGCGUGCUGGGUCGCAAGCAGGGCGCGGGAGGAUCUGGGAAGAAGGUGUCCAGUAGGUCGUGGAACAACUUGUACUGCGUUCUGAAGCCCGGUCAGCUGGCAGCCUACAAAGACACCAAAAGCUUCGGGCAGGGCGCCACCUUUCACGGCGAGGAAGCGCUGGCCUUGACCAACGCCAGCUGGGAGCUGCUCGCCAACUAUAAGAAGAAGAAGCACGUGGGCAAACUAUGUCUUGAAGACGGCAGUGAGUAUUUGUUCCAUUGUAAAGAUGAGGAGGAGCUUCAGCAAUGGAGCCAGGCCAUGGCCAGGGCCAUUCCAUCGCCCGCGGACGAAGGGGGGCCCUCGGGGGCCACCAGCCAUAGCCUGCCCCCGCCUGCCUCCUCCUCCUCGGCCUCACCUGGCCCCAUUGCUAAGAAAGACAGGGAGAAGAAGUUCGGCCGCUUUGCAAAAAAGAAGUGAUAAGAUUUGGGAGGGUGUCAAUACGCCACUAUGGCGUCCACUCAGUCAAGAGCACGCUUGAGAGUUGUUUUAUAUACAUCAACAUAGGUUCAUUUGCCUGUAUUUAAGCCAACACAGUUUAGGGGUCAAGGUCAGGGCUAGGGAUAUAGAUAUAUAAUUAUAGAUAUCGAUAAAUAUGAUUGUUUUUUGUUUUUUUUUAUGAAAGCGCAGGAAGGGUCUUUUUACACUCUACCAAAGAACGACUUGUAUUUUUGCUUUAGCCGCAUGUUUGGAGGUCGCCACGUAUGACAAUAAAAAAGUUUUUGUGCCUCACACAAUGGUUGUGAACUCGAAGGAUACUGUGCACAUGAAUCUGGAAUUUUUUUGCUCACAUUUCUCAAAAAUAAAUGACAGUAUUACAACUAUAACAACAAGGGGGGCGCGCCUCACUAUUUGAGAAGCACUGGCCUAGGUGACUGAUUCACAAUUUGGUUUUGUCUGAUAUCAGAGAUUAAAUAAAGAAAACCAACUGGCUGA